AUGUUAAAGGAAAAAAGAAAGCACGUAGGUAUAAAGAAACAUAUGUAUCGUCGUUGGGACAAGUUUCUAAAUCGUUCAAAGACUUUCAAACUUGGCGAUUUUUCAAGUUACUAAGACUGCCACCUUAUCGACGUCAUCGUCAGGAUUACCUAAAUGGCGACAAUCACCGAUUAAUCUGUGCAAAACAGCUACUUGGAAGAAAAAAUUUUUGCCUCUAUACAUGACGAACUAUUGGUUAAACGAAGGUACAGCUACGAUGACGAAUACUGGUAAAACUGUUAGCAUCGAGUUUUCCGACAGAACAUUACCUACGUUGCGAGGCGGUCCUUUGGGUAAGGACGAGUUUCAAUUCAUGAAUGUACAAUUUCGUUGGGGCCCGGACAACUCAUUGGGCGCAGAACAUUCUAUAAACGGGAUCUGGUUAGCGAAUGUCUUUUUAAAAUUCUGCGUCGCAAAAUUACCUACGUUCCAAGUAUUUCAAUUCCAUCGAACGCAGGUACUCUAUGGAAGCGCAAAUAAUGCAUUGGAACACUCGUUACGGAUCGAUAGAGAAGUGCUUCGACAAACCAGAUGGAAUUGCGAUACUCUCUUAUCUCAUGCAGGUGAGUAUACGUAUCAUAAUUAA